AUGAUGGACAAACAAUCCAACCCAAAAUUCAAAAUCAUGAAGUUUCUACCUAGAGCCGCCUCCGCCAUCACUUUCCACAACCCGCCGGUCAGUCCCGGAAGGGAAAACCGGCCGGUCGCCGCCCGAGGAUUUUCCGGUCCGAUGAAGAUCUCGAUUAUACCACGCGAAGCGCGAUCCAAGUCCAAGAACUCGGGGUUCGAAACGUCGGAGCCCACUUCGCCCAAAGUCUCCUGCAUCGGCCAAAUCAAACAUAAGAAGAAGAUGAAGGAAUUGGCUAAGAUUACUGCGGCGGCGGUUGAAAUUUCGGAGCCCAAAAAGCGGCAUCUCCCGUCGGCGAUAGAGAGAAUUCUGACCGGUAGGAAAGUACUAGGUAGGGCGAAAUCGAACGUGGAGGCGGCUUCGGCGGGGAAGCCGCCGCUGCCGGAGAGAGCGCCAGGGCUGAAUCAGAUGAAGCGAUUCUCGAGUGGACGUGGCGCUUUGACGAAUUUUGAUUGGACAGCGCAGAUUGCUCCGGCUGAGGUGGAAGGAGAGGAGGGCGGGGGCGGAGGGAGCAGGGCGUCGACGGCGGUGUGGAUUGGUGAAGAAAUUGUGACACUUCAACCGAGAAAGGAGGUGAAUAUAUGGAAGAGAAGAACCGUUGUUCCGCCCACGCCACUU